AAUACCAGUUUUUCGAUCUAAAAUUCGCAUGAAAUUUGGUUUUUUAACAAAUGAAUGCGAAAGCAUAUUGCAAAGAAAGCAAGAGAGAAGAGCGAAAAAAGAGCAAAGAAAUACCAGUUUGCAAAGUAAAGCUUCUUUUCAAAAAGUAUGGGCGUCAGCUUGUGUGUGGCAUCUAUGCGACGCUAAUGCCAACUGUGACAUACAGCAAAGCAACACUAUUUGCAUAUACCGCAUAAAGAGCAGCAACAAGAACAACAAUAAUAGCAAGAAUUAGAAGCACACCAGUCAGCAGAAACUCGUCGCAAGCCAAGCCAGCAAAAGGUGCCACGAAUACGUGUGUUUCAACAGCAACAAGGAUACCAAAGAAGCUAAAACAACAAUAAAAAGCACAUCAACAACACAGCCGAACAAACAUGAAAAUGAAAGCCAAACAUAAAACGUGUGUUGUGGCGGCGGCGGCAGCCGCAACUGGUGUCGGUGUGGGUGCGGGUGAGAAAAUGAAAUCGGUGAUAUUGUAUCCAUAUGGACCGCUAACGGGGACAGGAUGUUGUCGGAUGUUGCAUGCGAAAAAUUUGGCGUUAACAAGUGCGAUUUACACAAUUAAUAUGUCACUUUUAAUCGUGUUAAUAUACUCAUGGCGUAUAAAUGUGAAUAUGCGUAAAGCGGAGACGCUGGAGGAUGUUUACUAUGGUGUUCAAAUAGCAUAUUUCGCCAUUAUUGGCACACAAAUGUCCAUGAUAGUGUUAAGUGUUAUGCUCAUAUUCGGAAUUUAUAAGGAAAACCCUGGUCUCAUAGUACCAUGGAUAAUUGGUUACAUCACUUUCAUGGCAUUGGAGGCAGUGGCCAUGGUCUACUCCAAUGUUUUGCGAGAUCAUGUAAAUAAGCAAUUCGACGCUAUGUGCAAAGCGGAGGUGGCCUUCUUCAUAGCUCGUGCAGUCAUUAAUGUUCUUGCCAUGUGGGGUGUUAUGCGUUUUUACAAUUUGGUGCGUGCGGGCAUCACAUGGAAGGGACCCGAGGUAAUUGAGCUUAGAUAUAACGCCAACGACUCUCAUCAAGUCGAAACGCGCUUUCCCAGCACUCACACAUAUCAAAUGUCCUCCCAUUACCAAACGCAGGCAAAAACCACGUCGGCGGCGGCAGCGACGGCAUAUCAUCACUGCAAUGGUGGCAGCAGUAGUAAACACCGCCGGCUCAACUACAUAUCCGAUGUGGAACGCAAACCAACCGGCUGUUGUUUCUUCGAUUUCGACGACUACGACGACGAUGAUGACGACGAAGGGUUAGAAUGUGGUGAUGACGAUUAUUAUUACGAUGAUUACUACUACGAUGAUGAUGACGAGGAUAGCUCUGAUUGUAUGAUGCUUGGCGCAUCGCUACAACUGAACCGUUCCUGCAACCGCACACAUCGUUCAGGACACCUGCAUGCACAUACGCACUCAUCGCGGUUGCGCAACAACAACAUACGCACAGUGCUGAUAAACAAGCGGCAUCAAAAGUACAAAAUCGCGCAACCGCAGACACGGCUCGAAGUGAUCAACGAGUCAGAGCGUAGCGCCGGGAGCGGUAGCGAUGAGAACGACUCACUGCUGGUCGCCUACGAUAGCACAUCGUCGUUGGCAUCGGUUUGACAUUGGCCGGGGUGCGGCUGU